CUCCUCUUUUCUCACUCCUCAACUACCUACUUUCUCUCUCUUUCGAUCUCCUUAUAGCUCCAUAACAAUGGCGAAAAACCAGAAUGAGCUUUGUGUAAGUAUUCCAAGCUAUUUCCGAUGUCCUAUUUCACUUGAAGUUAUGAAAUCUCCUGUUUCUCUUUCUACUGGUAUUACAUACGAUCGUUCCAGUAUUCAAGCAUGGCUAGAUUGUGGUAAUACUACUUGUCCUGCAACUAUGCAAUAUCUUUCUUCUCCUUCUUUUGUUCCUAAUCUUACUCUUCAUCGUUUAAUUCAUCUUUGGUCUCUUUCUCAUACUUUUUCUCCUCCUUCUCCUCGCCUUGUUCAUCUUCCUUCGUUGCAUUCUAAGCCUCGUGAAGUUUGUUCAUCUCUUAAGAACAUUCUCGAUCGUGCGAGAAAAUCUGUGGAUUAUUGUAGAGUUUUAGCGACUUCUGAUGAUUUUUUGGAUUCGUUUGUGAAAUUGAUGGUGAAAUGUGAUGAUAUUGAGAAUUUGGAGUUGAUUUUCUUGAUUUUGAAUCUUUUCGGUGGUGAGAAGAUUCAAAAAUUGAUGAAUUCUGAUUUUUUUCCGAAAUUCAUCGUUGUAUUGCGGAAUGGAAGCAUUGAAUCAAAGAUUGCCGCAGCGAAGAUUGUGCAGAAAAUCGCAAUCGAUAAAGAAACGAAAACCUUGUUAAUCGAAACACCGAAUUUGUUACUUGAGCUGUACAAUUUAGUUACAUCUGUUCCGGAUUCUUCAAUUGAAGCUGGAUUAUCGGCAUUAAUUGCAAUCGCAAGCUCAAAAUCAACGAAAACAGAGCUCGUAAAAUUUGGUAUAGUUAAAAAAGUAUCCGAGAUCCUCUGCGACGCAGGAAGAUCAGAUUCAAUGGUGAUUGAUCGAUCAUUAGAGAUGCUUGAAAUCAUGUCCACAUGUGCAGAGGGGAGAGCGUCGAUUUGUGAGGAAGAAAAAUGUGUGGUUGAGAUUGUAAGAAAGUUAAUGAAGGUAUCUGAUAAGGCAACGGAACACGGGGUUACGGUGCUCUGGAGUGUAUGCUAUCUUUUUAGGGAUGAAAAAGUGAAGGAAAUAUUAGGAAGAAGUAAUGGGUUAGGAAAGUUUUUGUUGUUACUUCAAAGUAAUUGUAAACCAAUUGUUAAGCAAAUGUGUGGUGAUUUGGUGAAAGUUUUGAGGGUGAAUUAUAAGUCUUGUUUGGGUGUAUAUGAUACAAAAACUACUCAUAUCAUGCCUUACUGAAUUAUAUGAUGAUUAAGAACAAACAAACUUCAAUGCAGAUGGGGAACUAAAAGGAAAUUUUACUGAAUUUAGUUUAGGGAAAUAGGAUAGAAUAGGAUAGUGUUGUUACAAUUCAUUGUUUCCUUUAGAAAAGUUGUAAAUUGAUGCACAUUUGAUGAAAACAAUGCAACACAUUAUACUUCACA